AUGACAGACAGAUACAUUCUCGUUACGGGUGGAGCUGGCUAUAUUGGGUCACACACUGUCAUUGAGUUAGUCAACAAUGGAUAUAAGGUUGUUAUCGUCGACAACUUAUCCAAUUCAUCAUAUGAUGCAGUGGCCCGUAUUGAGUUCAUUGUCAACCAACAUAUUCCAUUUUUCGAUGUCGACUUGAGAAACCGCGAGGAGUUGGACAAAGUGUUUAAACAAUACAGUAUUCAUGGUGUCAUUCAUUUUGCUGCAUUGAAAGCCGUAGGUGAGUCAACUAAGAUCCCGUUGAAAUAUUAUGAGAACAACGUGGGUGGAACCAUGACAUUGCUCGACGUGUGUUCUGAAAACAACGUCAAGACAAUUGUGUUUUCAUCAAGCGCAACUGUAUAUGGAGAUGUCACUAGAUUUGGCCCCACCAAGUAUAUCCCCAUUCCAGAAACUUGCCCAACUGAUCCAACCAACCCUUAUGGAAAGACCAAGUAUGUUAUUGAGCAAAUGUUGAAAGAUAUUUAUACUAGUGACGAAGCAUGGCAAGUUGCAAUUUUGAGAUACUUUAAUCCAAUUGGUGCACAUCCAUCAGGAUUGCUAGGUGAAGAUCCCCUUGGUAUACCAAAUAACUUGUUGCCAUACUUGUCACAAGUAGCAAUCGGCAGGCGCGAGACAUUGUCCAUUUAUGGUGACGAUUAUGAUUCAACUGAUGGAACUCCAAUUAGAGAUUACAUACAUGUGGUUGACUUGGCCAAGGGUCACAUAGCUGCUUUGAACUAUUUGAAGAACCUACAAGAAAAAGGGUUGUACCGUGAGUGGAAUUUAGGUACUGGUAAAGGCUCCACCGUGUUUCAAGUCUAUAAUGCAUUUUGCAAAGCUGUUGGGAGAGAAUUGCCAUAUAAAGUUGUUGGAAGAAGACAAGGUGAUGUGCUUAACUUGACGGCUAAACCUGAUCGUGCACAUGAAGAAUUAAAAUGGAGAGCCGAAUUCACCGUUGAGGAUGCCUGUCGAGAUCUUUGGAAAUGGACAACUGAGAACCCCUUUGGUUUUGAAAUCAAAGGCUACAAGUGGCAGCAGUUUGAUGGUUUACACAAUCGUUUGCAUACUAUACAAAACAAGGAUUUGCAGGUGAGUUUUUGUAAUCGAGGUGCAUUGAUUCAGGAUAUUACGGUUGGUGAUCAACAUGUGGUUUGCGGCUUUGCUGGUGCAAAAGAAUACAAACUGAAAGCAAAUCCUUAUUUUGGAACCACCGUUGGUCGUUUUGCUAACAGAAUCAAAAACGGUGAAUUUGAGUUGGACGGAGCUAAAAUUACAUUAACCAAAAAUGAGGGUAACAACACACUACACGCAGGAGACCACGGAUUUGAUAAGCAAAACUUUUAUGGACCGGUCAUCAAGCACAAGGAUGGCAAGUUUACGGCUGAGUUUAAGGUUGUUGAUUUAGAUGGAACUGAUGGGUUUCCUGGGAGUUUAGAGGCAAUCGUACACUACACAAUCGACACCUCGUCGAUCGAGAUAGAAUAUGAAGCCAAGUUGCUUGAGGGUGAAUCCACAAUUGUCAACUUGACCAACCAUAGUUACUUCAAUAUCUCAAAUAACGCCACUAUUGAUGGUACCGAGGUUCAUUCCUCAGUGAAUAAGCUACUUGAGUUAGAUUCUCAGGGCCUUCCAACUGGUAAAAUUGUUUCCAGAAAUAUUCCAACAACAAUAUCAUCUGAUGUUUCUUUAGAUGAUUGUUUUGUUGUUGACAAAGAUUCCAAAACAAUAGAUACAAGGUCAAACGGUUUAUUGCCAUUGGUUGAAGCUACUCACCCAAACUCCAACAUAAAAUUUAUUGCGUCAAGUACUGAUCCUGCAUUCCAGUUUUACACAGGGGAUGGUAUCAACUGUACUCAGUAUGGAAAGAGAAGCGGCUUUUGUAUUGAACCAUCACGGUUUGUUGAUGCUAUCCAUCUAGAUGACUACAAGGGGCAAGUUGUCUUGAAAAAGGGUGACACAUACGGUUCAAAGAUCAACGAGAUUCAAAAGGGGCUUUCUAAGCUAACAGCCAAUGACUAUCUCGUUCUAGCGGGAACACUCCACGGGGUUCAUGCCAUUGGAUCAAAACUCACAUCAACAAUAAAUUCAACAAAUACAGCAACGGCGUCAUCCAAGUCCGCCGAAGACUUCAACUUACAACAGAAUGCUCAGAUACUAUCAACAGGUAGGCUGAUGAGCUCGAACAGUAACCGUACGGGGUUGAAAAGUGUCGAGACUGAUUUAUUCAAUUUGUACGUAUUUCAAACUGUUAGUGGACUAAAGUUUGUUUUGAUAACAAUGCCAAACUUGGACACCAGUGAAGUGCAGCGUACUGAUGACUUGUUUAAAUACUUGUACGUGGCUUAUUCCGAUUUUGUCAUGAAGAACCCAUUUUACUCGAUGGACAUGCCAAUCAAAAGCUCAUUAUUUGAUGCAAAAGUUAGAGAGAUAUUACUUUAG